AUGGUUCUCGCAGACCUGGGCAAGCGCAUCAACAGCGCCGUCAAUGACCUCACCCGCGGCCAGACCAUCGACGAGAAGGCUUUCGAUGGCAUGGUCAAAGAGGUCUGCAAUGCCUUGAUGGAAGCCGAUGUCAACAUCAAACUCGUCGCCGUCCUACGAAAGACCAUUAAGAACGCCGUCAAGUUUAAUGAGCUCCCGCCACAUGCCAACAAGAAGCGCAUCAUCCAGAAGGCCGUCUUCGAUGCCCUCGUCGAUAUCGUCAACCCACACCAGACGCCAUACAACCCGAAGAAGGGGAAGAGCAACGUCAUCAUGUUCGUUGGUCUGCAGGGUGCGGGUAAGACGACGACAUGUACAAAGUUGGCCAGAUGGUAUCAGGCGAGAGGCUUCAAGACAUGCUUGGUCUGCGCCGACACUUUCCGUGCUGGUGCUUUCGAUCAGUUGAAGCAGAACGCGACCAAGGCCAAGAUCCCAUACUACGGCUCCCUCACACAGACUGAUCCUGUCGUGGUCGCAAGAGACGGUGUGGCACAGUUCAAGAAGGAGCGCUUCGAGAUCAUCAUCGUCGAUACUUCUGGUCGUCACCACCAGGAAGAUGCCCUCUUCGCGGAAAUGGUCGAGAUUCAGGGCGCCGUGCAGCCACAUCAGACAAUCAUGGUUCUCGACGCCUCCAUCGGUCAGGCAGCAGAAGCGCAGUCCCGCGCCUUCAAGGAGACCGCAGACUUCGGAGCCAUCAUCAUCACCAAAACCGACGGUGCAGCAGCGGGAGGUGGUGCCAUCUCCGCAGUCGCAGCAACUCACACUCCCAUCGUCUUCAUCGGUACCGGCGAGCACCUCCUCGACCUCGAGAAGUUCAACCCAGAGUCCUUCGUCUCUAAGCUUCUUGGUAUGGGUGACAUGCAAGGCCUCGUCGAACACGUCCAAAGCCUGAAACUUGACCAAAAGGAAACCAUGAAGAACAUCACCGAAGGCAAAUUCUCCGUCCGCGACAUGCGCGACCAACUUCAGAACAUGAUGAAAAUGGGUCCCCUCUCCAAAAUGGCCGGCAUGAUCCCCGGCCUCUCUAACAUGAUGGGUGGCGUCGACGAUGAAGAAGGCGGCAUGAAACUCAAGCGUAUGAUCUACAUCUGCGACUCCAUGACACAAAAGGAACUCGACAGCGACGGCAAAAUGUUCAAAGACCAGCCCACCCGCAUCACGCGUGUUGCCCGCGGUAGCGGUACCUCUGUACGUGAAGUCGAGGAAUUGUUAUCGCAGCAGCAGAUGAUGGCGGGCAUGGCGAAGAAGAUGAAGGGCGGGAUGGCCAAUAUGCAGAAGGCGCAGGGUGCUAUGGGUGGUGCGAACCGCCAGCAGCAGAUGGCGGCUAUGCAGAAGAGGUUGGCGAGUAUGGGUGGAGGUACGGGCGGGGCAGGUGGUAUGCCGGAUAUCAAUGCGAUGAUGAAGAUGAUGGGUGGAGGUGGUGGUGGGAUGCCGAAUUUGGGAGGCAUGGAUAUGAGUAAGAUGAUGUCUAUGCUGGGCGGUAUGGGUGGUGGUGCUGGUGGUGCGGGUGGUGGGAGGAGGUGA